AUGACUACUUAUGAUUUCGUAUUAAGUAGAAGAAAAAUUGAGUAGAAAUCAUCUUCUGAAAAAUUAUAAGAAGGUACAUCUAAUCAAACAAAUUUACAAACAAAUAUCAUUUCUAGAAAUUAUUUACAAUAAACUCAUUUAAAUAUCUAAACAGCUGUUUCAAAACCAAAGGUAAUCAAAAAAGGAAUAGAUUGGGAAUAAGAGGAAGCAGAUGUUGAAGAAGGAGACAGUUAUCAUGCCAAAGAACCAUUACCCUUACCUAGCUAAAAAAGUAGUGCCAGAUAAAUAGAUUCUUAAUGCAAUUCAGGACAUAGAAGGACUUGUCCAAAUACUUAAAGGUAUAUAGUGUUAUUAAAUUUCAAGAGGUAACACUUCGACAAUAUAAUUAAAUGAUCAUAAACCAAUCAGAUCUUUAUUUAAUGUUAAAGAUUUCUAAUAGAUAAUUGAAAAUUAAUUAAUGAAUAAUGUGAAUGAAGGUUCCAUUAUUCAAUUUGAUUCAAAGCAUUCAUAAAAAACUGAUUAAAUUGAAAUCAAUAUAUGA